AUGCAACAAUACCAAGUACUGAUUGCUGUUAUGGUGUACGCCAUGUUUACAAUGCAAACGAGUCGUUCAGAACUGGCUCUUCUAGCACCAUGCGUUGCACAAAACUGGAUUCCAUGUGGUUUGGGCAUCGGAAAAGCUGUCUAUCAAAAGUACAGUUCAUGGAGUAAUAUUGAUACAAGAGCUGCUUUUGGCACUCAAUGUCAGACACAAUUCAAAGGCGGUUUCUACAGGUGGAAAUGGACAUGGAGUGGCAAGUUUUGGUGUCCCUCAAUAUCAUCAACAAUAAAGGGUAAUAUAGGUCAACGUUUUAGCACUGCAAAUAGUCCAAAAUAA